AUGUCGACGACGAGCAAGGCUGGCAUUCAGACCGAUGCCAAAGGAACGUCGUAUAUCCCAGCUUCGAAACGAUCUGAUGGGUCAACCCGGAAGGAAAUUCGUGUGAGGCCCGGCUAUCGACCUCCAGAGGAUGUUGAAACCUACAAGAACCAGACCGCUGAAGCCUGGAAGAAUCGUGGUUCAGGAGGCGUGCCCGGCACAGAGCCUGUUGUCAACAUCGCUGACAGUGAACCCAAGAGCAAGAAUGCGAAACGGAGGGACGCUGCUCGACGAAAGGCAGCGGCGGAUGGAAGCGACAACACCCUGACUACGGCUAUGAAGGCAACCACUCUGACAGAGGACGAAGCCAUAAAGAAAUGGCAGGACCCCAAGAACUUGGCCACGGAUUCACCAUCUGAUGCUGCCGAGGUCGAGCGGCAGAAGAAGAUCCGCAACACCUUGAAGAAACUCAACGCAGUUCGUGACUUGAGGCAGAAGAAAACCGCAGGAGAGAAGCUUUCACCGGAUCAACUCGUCAAGAUAAGUAAGGAGGACGAGUUGGUUCGCGAUCUGAAGCGACUGGGAUACCAGGAGGAGCAGCCGGACCGAGAAUCAAGCGUGAGCUGA